UUUUCACAUAUUACUUAAAAUGAGGUUAACAUUGCCAUUCCCAGGGCUUCCAUUUACGUCCUUUGCCUUGUUGUUUUUCCUCUCAUUUACUACAGCACUCAUACAUCCUCUGCGUGGCAGAAUCCGGCGACUGCCCGAGACAUCCGGAACAUCAACGUCAGAGGACUUUCAGACGUUUUAUUAUACUCAAACUCUGGAUCAUUUCAACUACAGGCCUGAAAGUUACACCACCUUCAAGCAAAGAUAUUUGAUCAAUUUCAAGUACUGGGGUGGUGCCAAUGUUAGUGCACCAAUCUUUGCUUACCUUGGAGCAGAAGAGCCGAUUGAUGUUGAUCUGUCUAUUAUUGGAUUUCUCACUGAGAAUGCUGCCCAGUUCGGUGCUCUAGUGGUAUUUAUAGAGCACCGAUUUUACGGGAAAUCUGUACCAUCCAGAUCAUUUAUAAAAGCUCUAGGAAAUGCAAACCUUCGUGGCUAUUUCAACUCUGCUCAAGCUUUGGCAGAUUAUGCUGAGAUUCUCAUUUAUUUAAAAAAGAAAUUAUCUGCCCCAUAUUCUCCUGUAAUAGUCAUUGGAGCAUCAUAUGGGGGAAUGCUGGCUUCAUGGUUCCGGCUGAAGUAUCCCCAUGUAGCCUUAGGAGCUCUGGCAUCAUCAGCUCCACUCCUUUACUUUGAUAACAUAACACCACAAGAUGCUUACUUUUGGGUUGUCACCAAGGAUUUUAGGGAAGCUAGCGAGAGUUGCUACCAAACUAUACGGAAAUCAUGGAGCGAAAUCGAUAACGUGGCUUCACAGACAAAUGGUCUUUCAAUUCUUAGCAAAAGAUUCAACACUUGCUAUCCUCUCAAAGAUCCUUCAGAUCUUAGAGAAUUCUUAAUCUCCAUGUAUGCUAAUGCAGCCCAAUAUGAUGCACCACCAGAAUAUCCAGUUAAUAUGAUAUGUGAUGCCAUUGAUGAAGGUCCUCUUGGGGAAGAUAUUCUCAGCAAAAUAUAUGCGGGUGUUGUUGCCUCUUCUGGUACCAGUCCUUGCUAUGUAAAUCCGCACGUUACCCUAACUGAAACAGACUUGGGAUGGGAGUGGCAGACAUGUAGUGAGAUAGUGCACCCAGAAGGCAUACUCAAUAAUUCCAUGUUCCCUCUUGAUCCUUUUAUACUAAGCAGUCGUAUCAAGCAAUGCAAAACCGAAUUUGGUGUUGUGCCUAGGCCUCAUUGGAUCACCACAUACUACGGAGGCCAGGAUAUAAAAUUAAUUCUUCAAAGGUUUGGCAGCAACAUUAUCUUCUCCAAUGGACUCAGAGACCCUUUAAGUAGUGGCGGGGUACUAGAGAACAUAUCUGAUACACUUCUUGCUGUCUACACAAUCAACGGUUCUCAUGCAUUGGAUGUGCUUCGAGUAGAAGCAAGUGAUCCACAGUGGUUAAUCAUGCAACGAAAGACAGAAGUUGAGAUAAUUAAGGGAUGGAUUGCUAAGUACUACGCUGAUCUUCUUGCCUACAAACGUUAUUAGUCAGCAUAUCUCAUGUAAACUUAUCAAAAUAAAUAUAAUAAUCAAAACUGCAGAAAGAAAAGUUUCCCAUGUAUGGGAAAAUAUUAUAUUAAUAAUAAUACAUGCUA